UCUCGUCAAUAGCUCCGCCCCAAAUAGGAAGUCGUGCACAACCAUUGUUCAACCAUUUGUUUUGCCAGGGAAAAGGUAAACCUGGAGGAUACGAGUCGAUUUAGAUCAAGUCUAAACAUUCUCUCAACAAAGUUAAAGAUUUACUAGCAAAUGACAAUGGAGAAUGCUGCCCACCUCCAAAGUCAGCUAACCUCUCUCAUGAACGCGGUAAUGAGGGCAGCGGUCGUGGAAAUAGUCAGACUUGUAGAGGGCAGCGCUGUGGCCCUUCGCGACGAGUUGUCCAAGAGUAAACGGGAGAACGAAGCACUGAAAGCCGAGAACGAGUCGAAUAAAAAUAAGAUGCAAAAUUUGGAAGCAAAACUAGCUGCGGAGCAGCGUUCUCUUGGUUGUCAUGUAGCCGAAGCUGGUGGCGAUCAAUUUGUCCAAACAAAGGAAGAUGUUAAGGCUUGUGCAGAGAAGACCCGUGCAAGGCUACAAUCUUUGCAGCCAGCAGGCCAAUCCCAGGCUACAGCUUUCAAUAAAGGGGAAGGCCUAAAAGUUGUUGCCAUGGAGAAGGAUGGAAUACAAGUACUUCGCAUCAAGAAGGAAAUACAUGAAGGCACAGAACAUGACACACCAUGUCCAAUGACCGGUGAGCAGCCGUGUCCCAAAGUGGACAUGGUGUAUGGCAAGGAGUGGAGCCAAAGCCUGUGGCGAGAUGGAAAAGAAAUAGGAGACCGCAGUGAUGGAACAGAGGAGAAAGAAACUCCAGGACCAUCAAUGACCCAGCAUCAGAACGGAGGUUCCACUUCAGUGCAGUAAGCUGAGUCCAUCCACUCCUAUCUUCAAAGUCUUCUGUGAUCCUGAACGAGACACGUAUCCCGACUAAUGACUUAAGAGGGAAUUUCUGAAUUCUGUUCUCCUUGUCACUGACUGGUCAUGACAGAUAGACUGCAACGUUAAAGAUCCUUGUCUUUAUUUACUGGUUGGCCCACGGGACCUCCUAUAAAACUGUCUCAAGGGGGGUGGACAGUAGUCGUGUGCCACGUCAGGGUCAAGAUCCCCAGUGCACCGAACCCCCAACAAUGUCCAGGUGAACAUCCCCUCCCCACCAUCAACUUCCAAGGGGUCUGCGACCACAUGCCGCUUCAUCAAUAUCUUUGCGGAGCUGCCUAGGUCUAUGAGCGACUUGAAGGUGCUCAGGCAUAGUCCCCUGUAGAAAAGUGCCCUGUACCCUCCCCCCAGAUGCUUCCUCCUGGGCAACGGCGUGUACCCCUGUCUACAGACGCCUGUGUGCCUCAUCACACCAUAUCCAAAGUCUGAUUAGAACCCAGAGCAAGACCAGUUUAACCAGAACCACGCCAAGGCUCUCUUCCCCCAUCGAGAGGACCUUCGACAUCAUGAGAAAGUGCUGGCACAUCUUCCUCCCGCCUCUCAAGCUCCACCCAUUCUUCAUCCCGAAAGUGCUUGCAAUGUGCACUGUGCUGCAUAACAUCUGCCUCCGGACCGGGGACGUGCUGGAGCCAGUAAAGAUUGAGGAUAGAAACGAGGUGACUGAUGCUCUGAAGGAGUGGCUAGUGUCGAAUGAGACUAGCAGAAAGGCUGUGUUUGGCUUAACAGAUCUCUACAAUGAAAUGAAUGGCCUCAGUGAAUGAUGGGCGGUGGUGGAACUGUCGCUGCCAACCGUUUCGUGAAACAAUUUAGCAAAGUCACCUCUCUUAUUCUAAUGCUUGUAUACAGUACCAUGUAUAAGAUCCUCCACUUUAUUUCAAAUGAUAUCUUUUUUUAUACUGUACAUGUUUUUUUGGUGUAAUUGUGGGACUGGUAUUCUAACUAUGAACUUGUUUUUUAAUUUUUUAUUAUUGUUAUUACUGUAUGGAUAAUAAAAACAUCCCCUGUGGUCUGCAGUGUAGCCCUGCAUGUGGUAUGCAUUCAAGUCUUUGAUAAAGCCCUUUUCAUUGUGUCACCUAAAGAGACAUUUUACCUUACUGGAAAAUACAUGAAAAGUUCAUUAUGCCAGGCGUAUUUCAACCAUUAAUGCAUUGUAUACCAGUGAUGAAACGGACCAAACUAUCCUUGUAUUCUUUGGUCGUUACUGAAUGCUUUAACCUUGUGUGGUGUUCGGGUCUGUGGGACCCACUUUCAAUGUUUACUCAAAUGAAAAACCUGAGACUCA